AUUGAUCAGACGUCAGCACAUUCAGGUCGAGAUCUAGUGGAACCUGAAUACCAAAAACAAUCAAGUUGCAUUUCAUUAAAUCAGCAAGGAGAUGAUGAUGUGGAUUUGGAAGCUUUAGUUAACAAUAUGAACUCCUCAUUUGAAAGUCUAUGUUCCACCUUCUGUAUACAUUCAGAAAGUACACCACUCCUUCAGAAUUGCAGCCAGCUAUUAGCUUCAGGAACUAGUUCGCUACAUCCAGUGUCUCCACAACAGAAAAUACAGAGGUCUCAACCAGUUCACAUCCUGGCAGUCAGACGUUUGCAGGAGGAAGAACAACAAUUCAGAACAUCCUCUUUGCCUGCCAUUCCAAAUCCUUUCCCUGAACUUUGCAGCCCCACAAAUUCACCUGUGUUGGCACCGGGAUCUCUACCUCAGAGUCAACAUAUGAAUAAGCAAGAUAUAAAGGUUUUUAGUGAAGAUGGGACUUGCAAGGUAGUUGAGAUCUUAGCAGAUACGACAGUUCGGGAUCUCUGCCAGUUGCUCGUUUACAAAAGUCAUUGUGUGGAUGACAACAGCUGGGCCCUAGUGGAGCAUCAUCCUCUCAUAGGAUUAGAGAGAUGCCUGGAAGAUCAUGAACUGAUUAUUCAAGUUGAGUCUACCAUGGGAAAUGAAAGUAAAUUUUUAUUCAGGAAGAACUAUGCAAAAUAUGAAUUCUUUAAGAAUCCUGUGAAUUUUUUUCCAGAACAGAUGAUUGCUUGGUGUCAGAAAUCAAAUGGUUGUAUUCCACAGUCACAGCUUUUACAGAAAUUUUUAAAUUCAAAUAGUUGUCCAGAAAUUCAGGGGUUUUUACAUGUGAAAGAAUUGGGAAGAAAAUCAUGGAAGAAGCUGUAUGGUUGUCUGAGGAAAUCUGGACUUUAUUGCUCUACAAAAGGGUCAUCAAAGGAACCAAGACACCUGCAAUUGCUAGCUGAUCUUGAAGACAGCAAUAUAUUUUCAUUAAUAGCAUGCAAAAAAAUGUACAAUGCACCAACCGACUAUGGCUUUUGUAUAAAGCCCAACAGAGUAAGAAAUGAAACUAAAGAAUUAAGAUUACUGUGUGCUGAGGAUGAACAAAGCAGAACAUGUUGGAUGACUGCCUUUAGACUGCUCAAGUAUGGGAUGUUGCUAUACCAAAACUAUAGAAUUCCACAACAGAGAAACAAUCUGCUUCCUCACUUUGCCACUCCUGUGAGAAGUGUUUCUGAAAAUUCCUUAGUAGCAAUGGAUUUUUCUGGACAAAUAGGAAGAGUGAUUGAAAAUCCAGAAGAAGCUCAGUGUGCAGCCUUGGAAGAAGGCCAUGCAUGGAGGAAACGUAGCACAAGAAUGAACAUUUUGGGGAAUCAAAGCCUACUUCAUCCUUCCUUGCUGAGCACAAUUAUUCAUAGGACACAGCACUGGUUUCAUGGCCGGAUCUCAAGAGAAGAAUCACACAGGAUUAUUAAACAACAGGGUCUUGUGGAUGGAUUAUUUCUUCUUCGGGACAGCCAGAGUAAUCCAAAGGCAUUUGUACUUACAUUGUGUCAUCAUCAAAAAAUUAAACAUUUUCAGAUUUUACCAUGUGAAGAUGACGGACAGAUAUUUUUCAGUCUAGAUGAUGGCAGCACCAAAUUCACUGACCUAAUACAGCUUGUUGAAUUCUAUCAAUUAAACAAGGGAGUUUUGCCUUGUAAACUCAAACAUCACUGCAUCCGGGUGGCCUUGUGACCUCUGUGCCAGUCUAUGGUGAUGACUGGUUUGUCCAAGACUGGAGACGAAAGAAAAGUAUUAUUGAAGAAAGUUGAGCCUGGGACAUUAAGCCAUCUUGUAAUUGCUUUUGAGGAACAAAGUGUAUCAUCAAAAUUAGGGGACUUGGAAAGGGAUGCUUGAACUGAUGCCAAUAAUCCAAGAUUUGGCUCUUUUGUCUAAAUCCUAUGCCUGAUUUCUGCUGAGUGUCUUAGCAACACUUCCCCU